AAACGAUUGCACGCUCUCGUUUAGCAUAACAAACCCGGACUAGCGACAUUGAAAGAAGGAAAGAAAUCGUUCUUGAUUAUUUGUUUUGUCUCAAGACAUUGAAAACAGGCAUGGACCCGAAAAUUUUUCGCAAACUUGGGGGUGGGAACGAGCCCCACUAUGCUCCGCAUCUCAACACGGUACCCGCAUCAAAAUCUGUUGAUUACCACUGGCUAAAUCAACCUGCUGUGAAGAAGCCGAAAGUCGACCUCGCCAAGACUAAGACCAUUCAGAUUGGGCGUCAGGGCAGUGUAGAAGACCCUACUUCUCCGAUCGGCUCCCCUUCUCUAUCCGUGGGAUCGCCAGGGUCAACGGCCAUGCCCAGCUCUCCUCCCAUAUCUACCUUCUCAUUCAACAACUUCGUCACCCAGCCAACGGGACUUAAAUCCGAGAAACAAUUCUACCAUACAUUCGACUUCAAAUCUUAAGUGACUUAAAUUUCAAGGAAAAAAAAACUGACCUGAGUAAAUGGUCAACAAAAUAACUGGGGAAUGUAUGGAACUUUGAGGAUAUUUUUUGCACCAUUUUUAAAGAGGACUUUCGGACAUUCAUUGGGGGAUAUUUGCCAUUCAGGUUCAUCCGUGUAUUCUAAGUCACUCGCUUCAACAAACAUUAUGCAAGUAUGUUUGAAGCUAGAUCAAUAUCAUGAUCGAUUUGUUUUUGGCGAUGGUAAAAUAUUUGUAUAUCGAAUGUUUAAAACACAGAGCUAGUCCGUCUUUCACGUUGUUGCAAAUUUCAGUUGCAUAAAAGUCCGCAAAUUUGUGAUGAGAUACGAGUACUAGUUAUUAUGCUCGUUGUGACUUUUCAUAACCUCGUAUGGUAUACAUGUGCUAUUUCAUUUUUUUCUUGUACGGAAUACGAGUUUGUAUAUAAAUAGGGUAGAAGCCCGAGUUUUUGAGUUGCGUGUGUUUACAUUAUUUGUCAUUGCUUUUCAAUUAAAUCAUAUUUUUGUACAAAAA